AUGCCAUAGGAAUGUUUGAAGUUGCUAGUUACAGAAUAGAACAUGCAUUUGACGAAGUAUUGGGCAUAAUGACAUCAAGGAAAUGUUGUUUAUAUUGUACAAAAAUAAUAAAUGCUAUACACAUUCAUAGGAGAGCUAUAAAAUUCAUUGAGUUUUUAAGAUCUAGCUUCGCUAUUUCGUAUUUUUUCCUAGUUUGUUUGGGAAUUACUUCUUUGACUGCUAAUUUACUUCGCCUGUAUUUAGCUACACAAUAUUUGAAUAAUUUAGAAGAAUGUAUCACUGCUGUAUUACUUGUCCUUGGUCAUAUUUAUUACAUAUUUUUUGGCAAUUACACUAGCCAGAAAUUAAUAGAUCAAAGUAUAGAUGUAUUUCAUAAAAUGUAAGUUUUAAUUUUUUAAGCAGCAACGU